AUGACGCAGAUGCUCAGAUGCAAAGUGGCGGACUUCGUGUCUGUGUUGCCGGUGCCGCCCCAGACGGAGAGGCGCCGCGGUGUGCUUCGCUUCGUAGGAACCACGGACUUUGCCCCUGGCUUGUGGGCGGGUAUAGAGUUGUUUGGCGCCGUCGGCCGUAAUGAUGGCAGCGUGAUGGGGAAGUCAUAUUUUUCGUGUCCGGCAGGACAGGGGGUGUUUGUUCGCCUGGAACUUGUCGUACCGUACACACCAGAGGCAGAAGGACACGUUGGCACGCCGCAUGAGACCGUUACAUCAAUGGCGGUGGUGGAAAAACUGCGCACGGAAAUGACGCGGCUGCAUGAGAAGUUGCAGCAAAGAGAAUUGGCGCUGCGGAAGGCGGAGGAGGGCCUUCGCAGCGUCAUUGCACUGCAUGAUGCGAAAACUGCGGAGCUGCAAAGAGAACGGGAAGAGAAGUCGCAGAUAGUGAUGGCGAUGACAGGCAAACAGUACAACGCGGCUGCGACGCAGACGGAAGAGGGGGGAGAAACAGAUGGUGAAAUUCACCAGUUGCAGCAGCAGUGUGCUGACCUAAGGGAUCUCUGUGAGCUUCAGGAGGAGGAGAUUAACCGGCAGAGAGAGCACGCUGACGACCUUGCUCAAAUUGUGGAGGAGGUGCGCCGCGAGCAGGAGGAGGAACGUGUGCGGAUGGAGGAGAAAAUCCGGUCUCUAGAAGAAGAGGUCACACACCAGCAACAGGUCGCCUCCGAACUCAGGCAAGCAGCUGAAGAGUCUGAUAAAGCUGAUAUGGAAAACAUGCAUCUGCAGGUUUUUGAGCAGCAACAGGAGAAGGAGGCGCUGCGACUUCUUAAGGAGCGGUACGAACAGCUUCAUGCUGAACGGGAGAAGGAGCGUCGCGCGGAGGAGGCAAGGAGGAAGCAGACAACGGCUGAGUACGAGGAGGCCCUCACACAGCAACGAGAGCAUAAGACUCGGCUUCUUAACCAAAUUCAGCAACUGCAGCAAGAGAUUAAAGACAUGCGUCUUAGUCGCGAGCGUGAACGGGUGUUGCAGGUGCCUCUGAGCGCGCUGGAACGGGAAGAAUACGAAUCCCAGCUAAAUAGACUGAGGUGGGAACUCAUGGAAAACUACGGGGAAAUGUUUGCUAAGCGCUAUGACCACUUUUUGGCACCUGUUUUCAAUUGGAAGUCGCCGGCGGACGUGAUGGGGGCAAUGAGCGAGAUGAUUUUGUCGUCAGGAGGAGUUUUACCGUUUACAACGCCGGAGAAGUGUCGGCACUCUCGCAUGAAACUCUUCCAUAUGCACCCACAACGCUGA